AUGAGCAUUGUUAUUGAUGAUCUCUCUACUGUUCUAGACUCAGUCGAGGAUGAAGAUGAGGUUUUGACCGCUCUAAGUGAAGAGCUUGGAAACUUUGUGGAAUACGUCGGUGGGCCAGAAUAUGCACACGUCCUGCUUUCCCCCUUGGAGCAUUUGGCGGCCAUAGAGGAGCCAUUGGUGCGAGAAAAGGCCGUAGAGUCCCUCAACAAGAUCUGCGAGCAACUCUCCCCCCGGCAGAUCGAAGACAAUUUUAUACCCUUGACAAUCCGUCUCUCAAAGGCAGACUGGUUUACCUCUAAGAUAUCUGCGGCCGGCCUCUACUGUACUCCCUACAGAACUGCCUCUCCAGCCUUACAGCAGGGGCUACGACAACAAUUUGGGCAAUUAGUUCACGACGAUACCCCUAUGGUUAGACGGCAGGCUGCCAACAACCUAGCAAAAUUCGUGAAGGAGAUGGAUUCGCAGGUUAUUAUAGUGGAGAUGGUUCCUUUAUUCCAGAACUUGGCAAACGACGACCAGGACAGUGUCCGACUCUUAACCGUUGAAAUUUUGAUUUCCAUAGCAGAGGAAAUCCCCAAGGAACAGCAAUCUAGCCAUGGCGUUCUUCUUACAGCACUCCGAAAUCUGUUUGAAGAUAAAAGCUGGAGAGUAAGAUACAUGGUUGCAGACAAAUUCGAAAAGAUCGCAAAAGCUGUCGAUGAGGAAGUUGUCAACCGUGACCUGGUCCCAGCUUUCGUCAAGCUCCUCAAGGAUACCGAAGCAGAGGUCCGCACUGCUAUUGCCGGGCAGAUUCCAGGUUUCUGUCGGCUCCUUGACCGUGAGACACUAUUAAAUGAGAUUAUGACAAGCAUUGAAGAUCUCGUAUCAGACCCAUCCCAACAUGUAAGAGCCGCUUUGGGUAUGCAGAUCAGCGGUCUAGCCCCUAUUCUAGGGAAGGAAGAGACAAUUUCGCAUCUUCUUCCCAUGUUCUUGCAGAUGUUGAAAGACGAAUUUCCUGAUGUUAGACUGCACAUUAUCUCCAAACUGGAGCUGGUGAAUAAGGUCAUUGGAAUUGAUCUCCUGUCUCAGUCUCUACUCCCUGCGAUUGUACAGCUUGCCGAAGACAAGCAAUGGCGUGUCCGUCUCGCAAUUAUUGAGUAUAUUCCUCUUCUUGCUAGCCAGCUGGGAGUUAAGUUCUUCGACGAACAGCUCAACAGCCUAUGUCUUGGCUGGCUAGGAGAUGCUGUAUUCUCAAUCCGAGAAGCAGCUACCCAAAAUCUCAAGAAAUUGACAGAAGUAUUCGGCGUUGACUGGGCCAAUGGCUCUAUAAUUCCAAAGGUCACUGCUAUGGGUCAACACCCUAACUACCUCUACAGAAUGACAACCUGCUUCGCCAUCACCACUCUUGCCCCUGUCAUCAAUCUGAAAAUGAUUGAGACUUCCAUCCUCCCAAUUUUGGAUAGGCUCGUGACGGACGACAUUCCCAACAUCAGAUUCAAUGUUGCAAAGUCAUACUCCGUCAUAAUAGACACCCUUAGAAAACUUCCAGAGGAAGGGACUCUCAGCGAAGCUGAUAAGUCCGAACAGGCUGCCACUCCAUCUCCCCGUGGUCAAACUAUCAUCCAGCAACAGAUCCUUCCAAAUCUUGAGAAGUUACAGCAAGACGAUGACGUUGACGUGCGAUAUUUUGCAACCACUGCUGCUGGAAGUUAUGGUGAAGUAAUGCAAACAUCCCCUUAA